CUAAUUCCACAAGCUGAAAAGGACUGCGGCAUAACGAAGGAGCAGGUUCAGCUGCAAAAUGAGGCUGUCAACUCGCUGAUCAAGGCGUACUGCCGGGAGUCGGGUGUCCGAAAUCUUCAGAAGCAUAUUGAGAAAAUUAUGAGAAAGUCCGCUUUCAAGCUAGUGAACAAGGAGCAGGAAAACGUGUCAGUGACGGUGGACAAUCUGCAGGACUUUGUCGGCAAGCCCAUCUUUGUGAAGGAUCGCAUGUACGAGAGUACUCCACCCGGUGUGGUGAUGGGUCUCGCCUGGACAUCGCAUGGCGGCUCGACGCUGUACAUUGAGACGACGCUCCACCGAAAGCUGGACUUGGAGCCUCCAAAGGCGGCCGAGCCUGGCUCGCCACCGGCCCCGCCCGUCGUUGGCUCCUUCCAGCUGACCGGCCACCUGGGCGACGUGAUGAAGGAGUCGGCCAAUAUUGCCUACACCUACGCCAAGUCCUUCCUCCUGGGCCGUGACCCGUCGAAUGAGUACCUGCAGCGGGCGCACAUUCACCUGCACGUUCCCGAGGGGGCGACGCCGAAGGACGGCCCCAGCGCCGGCUGCACCAUGGUCACGGCGCUGCUCUCACUCUCGCUGGGCCGCCCGGUGCGACCGGAUCUGGCGAUGACCGGCGAGAUCUCCCUCACCGGGAAGGUCCUCCCCGUGGGCGGCAUCAAGGAGAAGGUGAUUGCGGCGAAGCGGGCGGGUGUCACCACCAUAGUACUGCCCGAUGAAAAUCGCAAGGACUUUGCCGAUCUGCCCGGCUUCAUUCAGGAGGGACUGACAGUGCACUUUGCCAGCCACUACGAUCAGGUCUACGAUAUUGCCUUCAACUACUGA